AUGUCACAUGGUGACUUGGAAAAGAACAUCAAGCACCAAUACCAAGCCUUCAAGACCAUGGUGGACCGAAUCAGGAAGGACCCAGAAAAAGACGAGCGUUACAGAGAGGAUUUCAAGAAAAUCUAUAGAAAACAAAAGGGCCGCCUGAAUUUGAAUGUGUUCUAUCAAGCCGUCAUGGAAGACCAGGGUCCUUUUGGGAGGCCACUACUGAAUUAUUAUCUAGACCAUUGCAACAAGAACAGGAAGAUCAUUGAGGCUAGAUGCGCUCAUCUGGCCAACCUUUUCCACAUCGGCCUCAUGGCACUGAUGGCCUACUAUGUGGUCACUGAGGAUGAUGAGGAUGAGUUCAGGGAAGAAUGGGGCCAAAAGGUCAUCAACAUUCAGACCAAGAUGAAAGAAGUCCUGGAUGAGUGUAGUGAGUAGGAAUGAUACCAAAUUCACUGAAAGAUUGUUAAA